AUGAGAAACAAGAUGCUCUGGUCUGAUGAAAUCAAGAUUGAACUCUUCUGCCCCAAUGCCAAGGGUCACAUCUGGAGUAAAUCUGCCACCACCCCUUCAGUGAAGCAUGGUGGUGGCAGCAUCAUGCUAAUCUAUGGGAGAAAGUUGAGGACAACACAGAGUGACUACAAACUGCCAGAGGAGACAGUUGAGGACAACACAGAGUGCUCAGUUGACACCGAGGCAAGUGCAGUUGCACCCACUGUCAAGAGAGAGGAACUGACAGGUGAUAAAAGCCCUGUCCGAGCAAUUCCUCCAAUCCUGGGAUGCAUCCAUGACAAGGACCACAAGGAGCCAGAGCAGAAAGUGAAGGGCCCUAGUGAAGAGGUGGAUCUCUGCCCUCACACUCACCAGCUGGACCCAGAUGUUAACUUAACUCUGGCAACCCGCAAUGAUGAACCCAGGACCUGGACCCUGGAAGAGGCAAAGGAUUAUUGGAUAGGCAUUGAUAUUGAGAGUGAAGAGAGGAGCGUCAAGGAGGAGGUGAGACAGAGGGAGGGAUUGAAGCGUGAGGCGGACUGUGCCCAUUCCAAGAGCUCCAAUGGGAUGGCUUCAUCAGAGAGAGCAGAGACCAUCCUUGGAAGACUGGGCUUUCUGGUCAUGAACCACAUGCAGAAAAUCCCAUUUUUGAAGAUGAAGGAAAAAGAGAAAAAUAAGAAACUGCAUAAGAAGUUGAAAGAUGAUGAGAAAGAGAGAAAGGAGAAGAAAAACAAGGAGGAGGAGAACAAAAAGAGGGAGAAGAAAGAGAUGAAUGAGAGAGAGAAAGAGCAGAAGAAAGUCAUGAAGGCUGAGAAAAAGAGGGAGAAGUUAGAACAGAAAAAGAGAGAGAAGGAAAGAAAAGAGAAGGAAAAGGCAGAGAAAAAGAGGUUAGAGGGGCUGAUGAAGAUACAUAAUGACAUGAUGAAAGACAGGAUUAAGAAAGAGAAGAAGUGUUCUGAGGAGCUGAAAAAGAGAGAGAAAGCUCAAGCUGAGUUCUUGGAGAUGGAGAGAAAGAUUCAAGAAAAGGAGAAGAAGAAGAUAGAAAAGAGGAGGAAAGAGGAGAGGAAGAGACUAGAGAAGAAGAAAAAGAGGGAGCCAGCUGGAGAUGGAACUGAGAGGGUGAUAGAAGAGCAGGGAAAGGAUGAAAGCUUGAAGAUGGAUGAGUAGACUGGGUAUUAGAGAGAGAGAGCAGGGCGGGAUACUGUAUUUUUGCAUGCAAUGAAAAAUGCAAUAAAAAAAAUCUAUAAAAAAGGUUUACUCUCUGUUUGAUUUUUGUCAAGGCAUACUGUAUAACACAGUUUAAACACACAAUGUUUACAUUUCACAAAUCUGGGGAGUGUUGCACUGUUAAA